AUGGCUAACGCUAACCACGCUCUCCUUUCACUGUGCCUUCUCCUCGCCGUCGUUGGCGCCCUGACGGCAACAACGGCGGCACCGCACCGCCGGCUCCAGCAGAGGCCUCGGUACGACGACGACGACCACAAGGGACCGAUCGUGCCGCCGACGGUGGUGGCCUGCUGGAAGUCCAUCCUGGCGUCGGAGAGCUGCGUGGACGACAUCCUCGAGUCCCUGGCCGCGCUCGAGGUGCGCGUCAGCGAGGUGUGCUGCUCGGUGCUGGAGAGGAUCGGCGACAAGUGCGUCGUCCAUGCCUUCUCCAGCUUCCCCUUCAACCCGCUGUACCCACCCCUCGUCAAGCGCGUCUGCGGCCUCGCCUUCUGA